AUGUCAAAUCCGACGGUUUCGGUCCAACUUGAAGAGGAAUAUCAAGAUGAACCAGACAUCUCGCCCGACCAUUAUCGAUACAUUCGAUCCCUCAACGAAUCGGCAUCCUGCUACACACGCUUCUUCGAUGCUCUCUUGAUUCCAAACCCAUCUCACUCCCAGUUCAUGCGCGACCUCAAAUCAUUCCGCGAGCAACCGGCCAUCAUCAACCUCUUGCAGCAAGGCACCAAAGAUGCCAACAGAGGUUGCACAAGCGCCUUUGUCAUUUCCAGGUUUGCCCACCCCUGGUGUCGCACCACCAGCGACUUCCAGUCCGGAUGGACCCGGGCUAGUUGGAUGGGGACGACGAAGAAGGUGAGUGCCAAGGCUCAAAUGGAGGAAGACCGGCUGCAUCGUCUGCUGGUGCCGCUGUGGAUUGCGUUCCGGAGGAGGAUGUUUCCUGAACCGGAGGUACUGGCUGAGUGGGUUGCAAAGGAGGAGCAGAGCAAGAAAGACCGAGAGGCUGAAGCUGAAGCUCGGGCUUUGGCUCAGACUCAAGCUGGAAAUGGCAUCAAAGAUGGAGAAGCCGAAGCUGGAUAUCAGGUCCGGCGAAAUGCAAACAUAACGUCGCCGCUGCCAUCCGACCCGUCCUCCGCAGUAUAUCCUGAAUUGGGCUUCAAGGCGCCUUCUCCUAAUGCAGCCUCUUCGUCAAACACAGCUUCUACGACUUCAGAACCCGGCAGCGGCGCGGCAGCCACGCAGAUGUUCCUUGGUGUUGCCGUCACGGGCUUCAUCAUGAGCGAUAAGCGAGUCAGGAAAUAUGUGGAGAAGAAAUUGAGGAAGAAGUGA